AUGACAAAUUCAUCAAACAACAAUACCCAAUCACUGCAAAGUCCUGUUAUACACCAGGGCCAACCGAGUCAUGAAUCAAUACGAAAUUUGAUUGCAGCAAACUUUAAACCUCCAGUCCGUCCUACCCCUCCUUCACUCCCACCAUCACUGAAUCGUCACGAUCUUGCUCAUGAACAUGAAAACCAACAGCCACACCCACCUAACGUGAAUUCAAAUUCGUCAUCAUCAUCUUCCACCUCCUCGUCGCCCUAUUCUCCACCUUACAACCGUGCCAAAUCAAAUUCAAUCAGUGUUGGCGUCUUAAGUAGAGCUCGAAUUGCCAAUAAAAGAGUUUCAUUUUCCAAUCUAGCUUCUGGUAAUAAUUCACAGGUUUUCUUAUCUUCUAGUGCAUCUGAUGAUUCAGAGAAUGAAAUUUACAGCGACGAUGAAUACGAAGAGGAAGACGACGUAGAUACAUCACAGCAAGGUGCAUCCGUGUUGAUGAAACAAGAUUCAAGCGAGGUGUUUUUACGAGAACCUAAUUUCACGGGCUUUAAGAGGCUGCAACAUUCAGCCCUGCCACCAUCAAUCCCACCAUCUUCACAAAGAUCAACGCAACAACAAGUUGAUCGUUCUCAUACACCAAUAUUACGUAAGAGCAAUGUGAAGUUCACUGCUGGAAGUAUGACUCCAUCUCCUAAUGCGUUGUCACCUACUACUUCUUCAGUUUCAUUAAGAAAGAGCAACAACAAGAAGAAGAAAAAGCCAUCUUCUAUGCGUUUCAACUAUGGUGGUGAGAAGUUGACAUUAUCUAAAUCUUUAGAUUCACAAUUGUUGGAACCAUGUGAUUCAAACAGUUCCACCAAUUCCUAUUUACCAGCAUUCAAUAAACGUCCUCCAACUGAUACUCCUAUUGUAUCUACAAUGGGUUCACCAAUGACAAGAGAACAGUCUGAAGAUGAAGAUGACGAUGAUGAUGAUGAGGACGACACCAGCAAUACCAUCGAUGAAAAUGGAAAUCAAAGAGGUAUCAAUCGUAUUGAAGAAGAAGAAUGCGAGUCAAGUAACAAAGAAGACCAAACAACUCCAGUGUUUCACAAAACAAAGAAUAUUUCACAUUUGAACUUAUCCGAAAUGGGUAAAGCUGAGCAAAAUGUGGAGAAACCUACUGAUAAGAAUGUUUCCUCGCCAGUACCAGAUGUAUCUCCGAAGUCCAGAAAAGAAGCGGCACUGUAUGCUGCUAAAAAAAUCAUGGGAAAUAGUGAGGGGUCCGUGGCUCCGGGGUCGACCGGGCUAAAGGCACCUCUGCAUUCCGUUCCAUCAAGAUCACCACCAAAAGUUCUUGUCAAUGACAAAUCCGAUCUGAUUAGUCCCAUGAGUUCAGUUCUCACUAUUUCCUCUGAAGAUGGUGAUAAAUCCAAAGGGUUAGUGAUGGCCAAAGAUAUCAAAGACCACUUGUUGAAAGAUGUUCCAGAUUAUAUGAAAGAAGAGUUUGAAAAAACACCAUCCGUGGAAAAAUUAAAGAAUCUUUUGAUGACAAAACCACCGCCAUCGGCAAGAAAGGCAUAUACGUUAAAUAUUCCAGGUCAAACUUCUUCCAAGACAUCUCCCGAUGGGAAGAUUGCUUCGAUGGAUGUUGGUUCCAAAUUGGUUAUUGUCAUGGUUGGAUUACCCGCAAGAGGUAAAUCAUACAUUACAAACAAGUUGACAAGAUAUCUCAAUUGGUUGCAACACGAUUGCCGUGUUUUCAAUGUUGGUAAUACUAGAAGAAAGGAUAAGUUAAAUGCUGGUCCAGAAACUCAACCUUUACCUGAUAGUUCUACUCCAACAGAAACAAGAUCUCCACAACAACACGAUGCAUCAUUCUUCAACCCAGAUAACAAGGAUAGCACUGCCUUGCGUGAAAAAUGGGCCAUGGAUACUUUAGAUCAAUUGUUGGAUUAUGUCAUCAAAGGCACUGGAUCCGUGGGUAUUUUCGAUGCUACCAAUUCGACCAAGACUAGAAGAAGAAGAAUUUUGAAAAAGAUUCAAGAGCGUUCCAAUGGUGAAUUGAAGGUUUUGUUUUUGGAGAGUAUAUGUAGUGAUCCAAGUAUCAUUGAGUCAAAUAUUAGAUUGAAAUUAAGUGGUCCUGAUUAUAAAGAUAUGGAUCCUAAUAUUGCAUUGGCUGAUUUUGUUGGCCGUUUACAUAAUUAUGAAAAAGCGUAUGAAACAAUUGAUGAAGAAGAAGAAAAAGUACCUGGAUUCCAAUAUGUUAAAAUGAUUGAUGUUGGAAAGAAAGUUGUUAGUUAUAAUAUCAAGGGAUUCCUUGCUUCUCAAACCAUUUAUUUCUUGCUUAAUUUCAAUUUGUGUGAACGUCAAAUCUGGAUCACUCGUCAUGGUGAGAGUACCGACAAUUUGACAGGUAGAAUUGGUGGAGAUGCUCAUUUAACAAAGAGAGGUAUCAAAUUCUCGAAAGCAUUAACUCAAUUUAUGGAAUUCCAACGUCAAGAAUUUAGAAAACAACAAUUGGAAAGAUUCUCUACCAGAUUGGAGUUGAAAUAUAAUUCUAUUUUCAAUGAAGAUGAUGUUGCCACAUUAGACUCGAUUCCAAGUGAGCCAAACUUUUGUGUUUGGACAUCCAUGCUUUCGCGUGCUAUAGAAACUGGUCAAUAUUUCAAUGAUCAAUUGUAUUCUGUCAAACAAUUGAGAAUGUUGAACGAGUUGGGAGGUGGUAAGUAUGAAGGAAUGACAUACGAAGAAAUCCAAGACAAAAAUCCAAGAGAAUUUGAGGCAAGAUUGAAGAAUAAAUUAAGUUAUAGAUACCCUGGUGUUGGAGGGGAAUCGUAUUUGGAUGUAUUGACAAGAUUGCGUCCAUUAAUUGCCGAAGUUGAAAGAACAACAGAUCAUUUGUUGAUUAUUUCACAUCGUGUUGUUUCACGUAUUUUGUUGGCAUAUUUCUUGAAUCUUGACAAAUCAGCCAUUGGAGAAUUGGAUGUUCCAUUACAUACAUUGUACUGUUUAGAGCUGAAGCCAUAUGGAACUGAUUAUACCAUGUAUGAAUAUGAUGAAAAUUUAGACUGGUUUAUUAAAGCUGAGCCAGAACAUCAAAAGAAUGUUAAAGAGGUUGGUGUUGUUUUUAGAGAACGUAAAUAUUCUGUUGUACCAACUGCGCCACCAUCGUCUUUGAGGUCAAGAUUGGCUAGUUAUUCUGUGGCUGCUAAUAAUGGGUUUGGUAACAGUCCUAGAGAGAUGAAAGAUGAAAUUCGAAGAAGAUUAUCGAUGGGAAUCACCAAUAAGCCAACAUUACUGACGCGUGAUGGUGAUGAUAAAUCAAUAACUGCUAAGAAUUUACAAGAUUUGAAGAAUUUGAGAAAACCUGCAGGUAUUAAACCAUCAAGAACCCCAGAUUAUGUCUAG